AUGUUGGACUCCCGUUCGUCACGGUCAACACCCACGCUUGCUUUGAAAUCGGUUCAUGGUGACUAUAUCGGCGGACGAAACGCCAAUUUCAAAAAGUGGUACUUUGCCACUGAGAUGGAUUCGGAGGACUCAGAAGAGCCCCCGAGCCCGCGAUCACUGUCCUGGCAGGCUUACAAGAAGGCAGAAGAGGGAUGGUACAAAAGCUUCCACAGGUUGGCUGCCAGAGACUACAUCACACAGGUGGGUCUCUACUUACUUUGUUGGGGAGAAGCAAAUAAUGUCAGGUUCAUGCCCGAGUGCAUGUGCUUUAUAUUCAAGUGCUGCAAUGAUUACUAUUAUUCUCUCCAAGGAUCCUGGGAGUGUGGGCAAUCGGGCGUAAUUUUCUUAGACCAUGUUAUCACACCCAUUUACGAGGCAAUCAAGGGCCAGCGGUACUUCCAAGACGAGUUGGGAGGCUUGCAGUUUAUUGAUAAAGAUCAUAAAUCUGUGGUCGGAUAUGAUGACAUGAACCAGCUCUUUUGGUACCGCCAUGGACUUCAAAGGAUUAUGUUGAAGAACAAAACCAAAUUAUUAUCCAUUCCACGGGAGCAAAGGUUUCUUGCAUUCAAUGAUAUUUGGUGGGAAAAAUCAUUUUUCAAAACAUUCAAGGAGACACGUUCUUGGAUGCAUGUGUUUCUUAACUUUAGCAGAGUGAUUAAUAUCCAUUUGGCUAUCUUUUGGUGCUAUACUGUGCUCAACUCAUCACCAAUCUACACAAAAAACUACCAAGUUCUCAAAGAUACAAAACCCGAGGUUGCAAUUAAGCUAUCGGUAUUGUCGCUUGUUGCUGGUAUUAUUUCUUUCACAAAUUUGACUUCAUUGUUUGUCGAGAUAUUUACUAUCUCGAGGAGAUGGAAGGGAUCACUUCCCUUAUUCAAGCGGUUUUGCGGCCUCACAAGUCUAUUACUAAUUACCACUGUGCCAGCUGUGUGUUUCUAUUAUGAUUAUCUCUCCCCGAGUGAAACUUCCAGUGUUGUGUUAGCGAGUGCUCAAUUUUGUGUAGCCAUCAUUUCCGUUGUUUACAUGAUCUUUGCCAAACCUUCCACCUUGUUUGGAACGAAUAUGCCUGGACGUUCAGGAUUAGCAACGCAAAGCUUUACCUCAAAUUUCUAUCACCUUCAAGGAACUGACUUGUUGGCCUCAUAUGGUCUCUGGAUUGGCGUUUUCACGUCAAAGUGUAUCGAGUCUUACUUCUUCCUCGCUUUGUCAACUCGAGAUCCCAUACGCGAGUUGAGUAUUAUGAGAUCUAAUUGUGUGGGGGAUAGGCUUUUAGGAUCUCACAUCUGCCGAAUUCAACCGCUCAUUGUUUUAUCCAUUGUUCUUUUAUUGGAACUCAUUCUAUUUUUCCUUGAUACGUAUUUAUGGUAUGUGAUUUGGAAUACCCUGUUUUCAGUCUUAAGGUCUUUCUACAUUGGAGCUUCCAUCUGGACGCCAUGGAGAAAUAUCUUCUCAAGACUUCCAAAACGGAUUUACUCCAAGUUGAUCAUCACUUCCAAAAACCGCAAAGCGGCUCACAAAGCUCAAGUGUCCAAAAUUUGGAAUUCUAUCAUAAUUUCCAUGUAUCGAGAACAUUUCUUAUCGAUUGAGCAAGUUCAGAAGCUUCUUUACCAGCAGGUCCUGGACAAUGAAACCGAUUUGAAUUUGAAGGAACCAACAUUUUUCAUUUCGCAAGAAGAUGACUCUUUAAAGUCAGGGUUAUUCUAUACGAAUUCAGAAGCUCAAAGAAGAAUCACAUUCUUUGCUCAAUCUUUAUCCACACCAAUGCCUGAUAUUCGUGAGAUCAAGAGUAUGCCAGCAUUUACAGUAUUCAUUCCCCACUAUGGGGAGAAGAUUAUCUUAUCUUUAAGGGAAAUCAUCAGAGUUGAAGGUAAGUAUUCUCAUGUUACCAUGCUAGAGUAUUUGAAACAAUUAUAUCCAUCAGAAUGGCGUAACUUUGUUCGUGAUUCCAAGAUGAUGACAGAGGAGCUUGAAUCAGCUGCUUCUGAUGAAGAGCUUUCAAAGGAAGAGUUUUCUGACAUUCCAUUUCAUUCAGUUGGUUUCAAGAUUGCAAAACCUGAGUACAUCAUGCGUACCCGAAUCUGGGCUUCCCUACGAUCUCAGACCCUUUAUCGAACAGUUUCUGGGUUCAUGAAUUACUCCAGGGCAAUCAAAUUGUUACAAGAUAUCGAAACUUCAAAAGAUGAUGAGGAAUUUUACGAUGAUCGAAAGUUGAGAAGCAUUCACUCCAUGGCGUUGAGGAAAUUUCGGAUGAUUCUAUCCAUGCAAAGAUAUCAGCACUUUUCAGAUGAAGAAAAGGAGAGCACCGAAUAUUUAUUAAGGGCAUAUCCGGAACUUCAGAUUGCUUACAUCGAAGAAGAGUAUGACUUCAAGUCAGUAUCGUGCACCUACUACUCAUGUUUGAUUGAUGGCUCUUGCACUGUAUUGGCAAAUGGAGACAGAAAACCAAAAUUCAGAAUCAAGCUCUCUGGGAACCCACUUUUGGGAGAUGGUAAGUCAGAUAACCAGAAUCAUGCUAUUAUAUUUACUAGAGGAGAGUAUAUUCAGCUUGUGGAUGCGAAUCAAGAUAAUUACUUAGAGGAAUGUCUCAAGAUCAGAAAUAUUCUCGCUGAAUUUGAUGAGAUGAAUGUGACGGACCCUUACGAAGAGAACACCAAGAAUGCGCUUACAGACCACCCUGUUGCAAUUAUUGGAACCAGAGAGUAUAUAUUCUCAGAGAAUAUCGGUAUUCUAGGAGACAUAGCAGCAGGCAAAGAACAAACCUUUGGAACUCUUUAUGCGCGUACGCUAGCUCAGGUGGGAGGAAAACUCCAUUACGGCCACCCUGAUUUUUUGAAUUCCAUUUUCAUGAGUACAAGGGGAGGUGUUUCAAAGGCUCAAAGGGGACUUCAUUUGAACGAAGAUAUCUAUGCUGGUAUGAAUGCAUUAAUGCGUGGAGGAAGAAUAAAACAUAGUGAGUACAUGCAAUGUGGGAAAGGUCGUGAUUUGGGAUUCACUUCUAUUCUGAAUUUCAUUACCAAAAUUGGAGCUGGUAUGGGUGAGCAGAUUAUUUCAAGAGAGUAUUACUUCUUAGGCACUCAACUUCCUCUAGAUCGAUUCUUGUCAUUUUACUAUGCUCAUGCUGGCUUUCAUUUGAACAACGUUUUCAUUAUCUUGUCGAUUCAGCUAUUCUUAUUGGUGGGAAUUAAUUUAGCGGCUUUGACUAAAGAAUCAGUGUUGUGCAAGUAUGACAGGGACAUUCCUUUUACUGAUAGAAGGGAACCUGUAAACUGCUUAAACUUAAUUCCUGUGAUCAGAUGGCUCGAAAGAUGUAUUUUCUCCAUUUUUGUGGUGUUUCUCAUUUCAUUUGUUCCAUUGGGAGUCCAAGAGCUAACCGAGCGAGGGGUUUACAAAUCUCUUGUCCGCUUAAGCAAACAUGUUCUUUCCAUGUCCUCAAUGUUCGAAAUUUUUGUUUGCAAAGUUUAUUCUCACGCCUUAAUAACGGAUCUCAAAGUUGGUGGAGCGCAAUACAUUUCUACUGGAAGAGGGUUUGCAACAAAAAGGGAGAAAUUUACCGACAUCUUUUCACGAUUGGGUUACGUCUCAUUGAAAACAGGCGUCUUCAAUAUUUUAUUGAUUACAUUUAUUUCCAUACAUUUAUGGAGUCCAGCUUUUGUCUAUUUCUGGAUAACAAUUCUUGGUCUUGUUAUGAGUCCGUUCCUUUACAACCCCAAUCAGCUUCAAUUUGAUGCCUUCUUCAUCGAUUACUUAAACUUUUUGAGGUGGAUGUUUGUUGGAAGCAAGAACAAGGCAUUUUCAUGGGCAACAUUAACAAGAAGAGAGCGAACCCAAUACACUGGGAUGAAGAAAAAGAGAAGUCAUGCAACGGCGCUCAGCACACAAGAAAGAGUCAGACCAUCAAGACGAAACUUGAUUGCAUCAAGUCUUUUACCAAAAUUGUUUGUUACUGCUGCGAUUACUACAACUUAUCUAUUCCUCAACGCUCAAAGUGGGUUAAGUAAUCGUUACCCUACCUUGGCAUUCCAGAGAAUAAUCAUAGUAGCACUUAUUCCACUUGCUUUCAACGCCAUCAUCUUGGUCACUUUUUUCGUCAUUUCAGCUAUAACGGGACCGAUCAUCACUCUUGCCUUCAAAGACUAUGGAUCAUUUGUUGCCUUCUUUGCUCAUGGCUUUGCAGUGAUGAUGUAUAUUGUCAGCUUCGAGUUUCUUUGGUACUUCCAGAAUUUUGAUGUCAGUCAAACUAUAAUUGGAGUUGCACUGGCCAUUCUGUUUCAAAGCUGCGUGAUCGAGAUGGUAACUAUAAUGUUGUCAAGAGAAUUUCGAAACGAAGCAGCAGAUCAUGCUUGGUGGUCUGGUAAUUGGAUUAAAGCAGGAUUCAGAUGGAGAAUCCUAAGUCAGCCGCUCAGAGAGGGUGUCUGCAAGUUUAUUGAGAUGGAGCAUUUUGUGGCCGAUUUGUUUGUGGGCCAUGUCAUCUUCUAUCUUCAGAUUCCGAUCCUCCUUAUCCCACUUUCAAACACAUGGCACACGAUGAUGCUCUUUUGGAUGAAACCAGGUGACUUGUUGAGGCAGAGAGUGCCAUCAAAAAGAAACCACAGGAAACAAAACAUCAAAGUGAUAUUCUCUAUUGUUCUCUUCAUAGUUGGACUUAGCAUGAUCAUGUCGUUGAUAAUGGUACCCAAGAUACUCAUUGAAGGAGAGAUCGUGGACAUUAGAAGCUAUGUACCGCUGUACAUUGAUCAACUAAAGCAGCCGAUUCAUCUUGAUUCCAGGAAGAAAGGCUUGCACAAAGAUCUUUAUUACAAACGCUCAUGA